GGCUCUCGCAGUGGCUCAACCCCUCCUCCUCCUCCUCCUCCUCCAAAGAUGUCGCAUGAGCUUCUCCUCUCACCGCGGCGUCUCUUUUCUUUUCUUUUUCUCCCAGUGCCCUUAACAGUUAACCUAAUUCUGUCAAAUUAGCAGCUCUCACCGCCGGGAGCAGCUAGCCCUCGUCUCGGAGCACGGACUGCCCCCCUCCCUACAACGGAGGUGUUUAAACCCUCAACCCAGCGCAUCCUCUCUCUCUCUCCGUCUCUCUCUCUCUGUCUCUCUCUCUCCUCAAUCGCCGCAGAACUCCGCCGACCAACCGUCAGGUGACCGCGCGGAGCGGAAUAUUCAUCAGCACCGUCGUCGUCUUUCAUCCCUCCACUCCUUCGGACUCCAGGCAACCGGAGCUGCCGCAGCCCCGGUCCCUCUUGUAUACUCUCAUCCGGUCUGGGACAUUCUCCGCUCCACGCACACGCAGAUUAACGGGGAUUCUGCCUCCCCGCCCGCGCGCUGAUGCUGAUGUCCUUGAGCUCGGCCUGCACGGUCCUGGAGAUGCAGCAGUAGCUACCUCUGAACUGGAUCCACUUCCUGUCUCUGAUUUAUCAGCCGCCUUUGCCUUGCUCGCCCCUCUCUCCAUCCGUCCAUCAUCCCUCCAUCCCUGUCUGUAAGCCUGUCAGCCCGUCCGUCCGUCUGUCCAUGGACUGGCCGUGACCCUGGAGGGAGGGGGACAGAAACGAGGAAAGAGCGGAGUCGCAGAGGAGACGAAGGAAAAGAAAGCUGGAUUCAUUCAGACAUCACACUUCUGAAGUGCCCCUGCUUGCCGUCCUUGAUCCCCCUCACCCUCCUCCUCCUGCUAUGGAGAAUUAAAGGAGCAGUGGGAGGCUAGGCCAAGAUAGUGAGGAGAAAAAAACAAAACCAACCAACGCCCCUUGAUUGCUCUUAAAUGAAAUUAAGAAAGGGUUUAAGUGUAUCAUUAUAAUUACACAUUUUUAUAAGUGAGAAAUCAAGAUCCAACCAAGAUUCUGACUGUUGAGCACAUGAACAACCCUCCACCAACCAAACGAAAGGGGAACUGAGUUGAGGACAGACUGCAGAGAGAAAGGAGGACCAAAACAGAAAAAAACCUUACUGACAUGUCAACAACAGCCACUAUGGGAGAAAUGGCAAACAGCGCAGUGGAGUUUUAUCCCAAAGGGACACGAGGCGGAGGAGGAAGGGCAGAUGGCAGCCAUGCAGGGGGAGACUUUGGGGUCACGGUGACAGAGCUCAGGGAGUUGAUGGAGCUCCGAGGGAAUGAUGCCCUACAGAAGAUCCAGGACAGCUAUGGAGACACAGAAGGGCUCUGCCAGAGACUACAGUCCAGCACCACUGAUGGUCUCAGUGGGGACCCGGCAGACCUGGAGCGUCGGUGCCAAACGUACGGCCAAAACUUCAUCCCCCCGAAGAAGCCCAAGACUUUCCUGGAACUUGUGUGGGAGGCCUUACAGGAUGUUACACUCAUCAUCUUGGAGGCUGCCGCCAUCAUCUCCCUGGGACUCUCUUUCUACCAGCCUCCCGGAAAGGAAACCGAAUCGUGUGGUAAUGUGGUGGGGUCUGAAGAGGAUGAAGGGGAGGGUGACACCGGCUGGAUUGAGGGCGCCGCCAUCCUCCUGUCUGUGGUGUGUGUCGUCCUGGUGACGGCAUUUAAUGACUGGUCCAAAGAGAAGCAGUUUCGGGGUCUACAGAGUCGGAUCGAACAAGAACAGAAGUUCACUGUCGUGCGUAAAGGGAAUGUCAUCCAGAUCCCUGUGGCUGACAUGGUGGUGGGGGACAUGGCCCAGGUCAAAUACGGGGACCUGCUGCCAGCUGAUGGUAUCUUGAUCCAAGGCAACGAUCUGAAGAUAGAUGAGAGCUCUCUUACAGGAGAGUCUGACCACGUACGCAAAUCUGUGGAUAAGGACCCUAUGCUGCUCUCAGGUACCCAUGUGAUGGAGGGCUCAGGCAGAAUGCUGGUGACAGCUGUGGGUGUCAACUCGCAGACGGGCAUCAUCUUCACGCUGCUGGGUGCUGGAGAGGUGGAGGAAGAUGGGAAGGAGAAGAAAGGAAAACAACCUGAUGGAGCUGUGGAGAACAAUCAGAACAAAGCCAAGAAGCAGGACGGGGGUGUUGCCAUGGAGAUGCAGCCCCUGAAAAGUGCAGAAGGAGGGGAGGUAGAGGACAGAGAGAAGAAGAAGACCAACGUUCCGAAGAAAGAGAAGAGCGUGCUGCAGGGCAAGCUCACCAAACUCGCUGUUCAAAUUGGCAAAGCAGGUUUGGUGAUGUCGGCCAUCACUGUCAUCAUUCUGGUGCUGUACUUCGUCAUCAACACGUUUGUCGUUGAAGGUCACACGUGGUUGACAGAGUGUACUCCAGUCUACAUUCAGUACUUUGUCAAGUUCUUCAUCAUUGGAGUCACUGUGCUGGUGGUGGCUGUCCCAGAAGGCUUGCCCCUUGCUGUCACCAUCUCUCUGGCUUACUCUGUCAAGAAAAUGAUGAAGGACAACAACCUUGUACGCCACCUGGAUGCGUGCGAGACCAUGGGCAAUGCCACGGCCAUCUGCUCAGACAAGACCGGCACCCUCACAACCAACCGCAUGACUGUGGUGCAGACUUACCUCGGUGACGUGCACCAUCGUGUGAUCCCGGACCCUGGACAGGUCAACCCCCGGACACUGGAUCUGUUAGUCAAUGCCAUUGCUAUCAACAGCGCCUACACCUCCAAGAUCUUACCGCCUGAUGUGGAGGGAGGUCUGGCUAAGCAGGUGGGCAACAAGACAGAGUGUGGCCUGCUGGGAUUUGUAUUAGACCUGCAGCAGGACUACGCCCCUGUCAGAGAGCAGAUCCCUGAGGAACGACUGUACAAGGUGUAUACGUUCAACUCAGUGCGUAAAUCCAUGAGUACGGUGAUCAAGCUGCCUGACGGUUCCUUCCGCCUCUACAGCAAAGGCGCCUCUGAGAUCAUGCUGAAGAAGUGUUCCUAUAUCCUAGAUGCCAAUGGAGAAUCGCGCACUUUCCGCCCACGUGACAGAGAUGAGAUGGUCAAACAGGUGAUUGAGCCAAUGGCAUGUGAGGGGUUGAGGACCAUCUGCAUUGCAUACCGCGACCUGCCGUCAAACCCGGAGCCAGAUUGGGAAAACGAAGCAGAAAUAGUGACAGAGUUGACCUGCAUCACUGUGGUUGGGAUAGAGGACCCUGUGCGGCCUGAGGUGCCUGAUGCCAUCCGUAAGUGCCAGCGUGCAGGCAUCACAGUACGGAUGGUGACUGGUGAUAACAUUAACACAGCAAGGGCCAUCGCUGCCAAAUGUGGCAUCAUUCACCCUGGUGAUGACUUUAUCUGUCUAGAGGGCAAAGACUUCAACCGACGAAUCAGGAAUGAGAAAGGAGAGAUUGAACAGGAAAGAAUCGACAAAAUCUGGCCCAAACUUCGUGUGUUGGCUCGAUCCUCGCCAACCGACAAACACACACUGGUCAAAGGCAUCAUCGACAGCAGCAUCAUAGAACAGAGACAGGUUGUCGCAGUAACAGGAGAUGGAACCAAUGACGGACCAGCUUUAAAGAAGGCUGAUGUGGGCUUUGCCAUGGGUAUUGCGGGGACAGAUGUGGCUAAAGAGGCGUCUGACAUCAUCCUGACUGAUGACAACUUCAGCAGCAUCGUCAAGGCGGUGAUGUGGGGACGAAAUGUCUACGAUAGCAUCUCCAAGUUCCUGCAGUUCCAGCUCACGGUCAAUGUAGUGGCUGUCAUAGUGGCCUUCACCGGGGCCUGCAUCACUCAGGACUCUCCUCUGAAGGCAGUGCAGAUGCUGUGGGUGAAUCUCAUCAUGGACACGUUUGCUUCUCUGGCCCUGGCCACUGAGCCCCCCACUGAGGCCCUGUUACUACGGAAACCUUAUGGUCGGAACAACCCGCUCAUCUCACUGACCAUGAUGAAGAACAUCCUGGGCCAUGGAGUGUACCAGCUGGUCAUCAUCUUCACCUUACUGUUCAUAGGCGAGCGCAUGUUUAACAUUGACAGUGGCCGCAACGCUCCGCUCCACUCCCCACCCUCUGAGCAUUACACCAUCAUCUUUAACACCUUCGUCCUCAUGCAACUUUUUAACGAGAUCAACGCUCGCAAGAUCCACGGAGAGAGAAACGUCUUUGACGGCAUAUUUGCCAACCCCAUCUUCUGCACUAUCGUUGUGGGGACCUUCGCCGUGCAGAUCGUGAUUGUGCAGUGGGGAGGGAAGCCCUUCAGCUGUGCCCCUCUCAACGUGGAGCAGUGGCUCUGGUGUCUGUUCGUGGGAGUUGGAGAGCUCCUCUGGGGGCAGGUGAUAGCCACAGUGCCAACAGAGCGGCUGCCAUGCCUGAAGGAGGCAGGGCUGGGCCUGGAGCCUGGGGAAGAGGAGGGGGAGGAGCUGGCAGAGGAUGAGGAGGAGAUUGACUGUGCUGAGAGAGAGCUGCGCCGUGGACAGAUCCUCUGGUUCAGAGGCCUGAACCGCAUCCAGACUCAGAUGGAGGUAGUGAGCACGUUCAAGCGAAGUGGUUCGUUUCAGGGAGCGGUGAGACGGCGCUCCUCUGUGCUCAGUCAGCUCCACGACAUGCGAGUGGUGAAAGCAUUCCGUAGUUCGCUGUACGAGGGCCGGGAGAAACCGGAAUCCCGCAACUCCAUCCACAACUUCAUGGCCCACCCGGAGUUCCUCAUCAACGACCUCAUCCACAACAUCCCGCUGAUCGACGACACUGACGUGGACGACGAAUCAGAGCUCAGCAGAUACCAGCACCUGCACCCGGCCCUCCGCAAGCCGCCACCCCCUCCCACCCAGCCCCAACCCCCAGCCCGCGUCCGCCCCACCCGCCCCUACCGCCAGUACAGCCUCCCGGUGACCCCGUGCAACCGAAACAACAACAACAACAGCAGCAGCAGCAGCAGCAGCAUCAGUUCAACAGUCACCCACGGCAACAAAAACAGCACCAACGCAGUAACCCCCAGCAACCGGAGCCCCCACCACCACCACUACCAACACCACCAUAUCCAUCAUGGCAGGGACAGGCCGGAAAAACCCUCCGCCCCUCACCUGGCCCAUCUCUACUGCGUGGAGACCUCCUUAUAACUGAGCUGAACAUGGGUCGGGGGGAGAGGUUAAGGGGAGGGGGAGGAGAGGGGAGCGGAAGAGAGGGCUGAGGACUCACACAUGACAUUUUCAUCCAAUCUUCCUUACAACAAGCCAACAGGAGGGAGCGAAGGACAGGGGGAGGUACCAGAGGGAGUGGACAAUGGCUGGAGACUUCUGCUCGCAACUCCCUGAGAACAUUGCGACUUUCCCUCCUUUUGCCCUUGCUCCAGCCCUCUCAGUCUGACCCGCUGACAACACCACCCCCGACCCCCUCCACCCUCGAACCCACCGCCCUAUCUGUCGCCCUCCCUUGAAGAACCUGCCCACCCCACCCUGCCUGACUGCACGCACACUUGUCACACACUCGCACAGGUCUGCUCUCGCUGCGUUUUUCUGAGUGACGGUGGGUUGGGGAGAGAUGGGGACGGACAUCCAAUUAAAAAAAAAAAAAUCGACACAUCCUUCAACGCUUCAGCAGACAGGGCCAUGUCAGGGCCAGAGGCGGAUUCUCUCUGUUUCUAUUGGUGUUCAUCAUUAGUGUUGUUGUCAUCACCCACCUACCUACCUGCCAUGGCACCAUAGUCAUCACCGCCAUCAUUUAUCAGGCUAGAAUCUACAGCCACUUUGAUAUCACUAAUUUGCUUGCAAUAUAAGUAAAACGCUUUGUUAAAGCUUUAACUAGACUUCAGUCAGUUCCACCCUCUGAUUCUUUUAUUUCUCAACAUAAUGGUGCUCAUUCAUUUCUUUCUUUUACAUUGGUUUCUUUCUUUCUUAUCUCUUUCUCUGAAAUUUUUACAUUCAGCUUUUUUUUUAUAUAUAUAUUUUCUUUUCUUUCCUUCCUCUCUCUUUCAGUGUGUGUAUGUGUAUUGUCUUGUCUCUUCUGAAAAAAAACAACAAAAACAUAACAAAAAUAGAAAUUGCAAACAAAGAUACUGUUCAUUUAAACCUAAUAGUAAAUAGUAUGGCUGCAAAAACACCUUAAGGAUGGGGGGAAAUACAUAUAUAUAUAUAUACAGUAUAUGUAUAUAUAAUUUGAAUGUUUGGGAAGUGACAGCACAGAACUCGUCAUGUUAAUCACUGUUCUUUCUCCAGCCCAACCUGCCCAAUCCUUGAAUGCCGCCUCAUAAGUCCACAUGACCUGUUAUCUGUAAUAUUGUCCACCCUGCUAUGAGAUAAUACAGUGUGUGGGAUCUCACAUUAAUUGUGGUGUAUACAUGUAUGCAUACAUUAGCCCCAUACAGGACUAAGUUAAUUUACAGCCUCCUGCCAUGUCGAUUAACUGAUGAGUUUGUAUUGGUAAUAUUUAUGUACAAGACUCAGGGCGAGCCCUUGGGUGAGGUCCUCUUCCGGUCUCUUCAUUUAUUUUAGGUGUCCCAUCAUCUUCUGUCUUGCUGUUCCUCAAACCAAUUCUGCAUUUCCUUUGCCACGUUGUCUUGUGUUGUCCCAUCUGGUCUUUCGUUGUGGUGUGUGUGCUUUUUGUUGUUGUUGUUGUUGUUGUUGUUGUUGUUGGAAGCAUUAACCCUUUAAAUGCCAUCAAACACACAAUGCACAGGCGAUGGCCCUUUAAGACUAACAUGCACUCACUUCAAACCGGCUCCUGCUCACGUGCCAUUGGGUCAUCUCCAUCAUAUACCCUCUCCAUGAGUUUUGUGGACAGAUUAUUUCAUUUGAUCUGUUGGACAGUUGAUCCAGUCAUUAUUACAGAAAAGGGGGAAAAAUCACUGCUUGAUGUUAAAAAUUGACCAACCAGUCGAGCUGUCAGGCCAACGUCUUAUGUCAGUGUUACGUUUUAGCUUUAGGCCCAAAGCCCGCUCAAUCAGGUAUGACCAAUGAGAGCUUAUGUGUCAUGUCCAUUUCUCAAAUACUGUGCAUUCCCCAUCAUCACGAUAUUCAAUUAGUUCACUGGGAUACCUUAAAGGAACCGUUCAGUGUUUUGGAAAAUACUCUUAUUUGCUUUCUUGUUGGGAGUUAUGCGAGAUAAACAAUACUAUUUUCAUUUCUGUGCGCUAAAUAUGUUACAGCUAGCAACAGGUUAGCUUAGCUUAGCAUAGCUUAGUGUAAAGACUGGAAACAGGUGGAAACAGCUCCCCUGGCUCUCUCAAAAGUAAAAACAAAAAACCCUGCCUAGCAGGACUCCUAAAGCUCACAAAUUAACACACUAUAUCUUGUUAGUUUAAUCUCAAAAACAGGGUAUCUGCAGGUCUUCAAAGUCUUAAAAAGCACUAAAUUCAGUUUCCUCAAUAAAUGGCCUCAGGAGGUCAUAAAAUGUCUUGAAUUUGAUGUAUAAAAUAUUUUCUCUUGGCUGUCUGGAGACAUAAUAUCACAGGUGCUAUUAUUAUUUUAGAGGUUAGAGGUUCCUUUUAGACAGAGUCAGGAUAUCUGCUUCCUGCUAUUUCCAGUAUUAAUGCUAGGCUAAGCUAAACAGCAUUAGCUUUGCAUUGAAUGGACCGAUAUGAGAGUGGCAGAGGUGGGAGUAAGUCACACUUGUGCAAGUCACAAGCAAGUCUUAAGUGUGAACCUUCAAAUCUCCCUAUAAGUCAAGUAAGGCAAGUCAACUCAUUGCUCAGGUCAAACAAGUCACAAGUCAAGUAUUAAAAAUCUGAUGAACUGGUCAAACGUUCAAACGCUUUCUAGCUAACAUUUGAUCAGCAAAUAAGCUAAUAAGUUAGCUAAAAAGACACAUUCACCGAACUUUCUUUGUGGGUUUUGCAGUGACAGAUGAAUUUGGAUACUUUGGUGGUCGUGUCACUGAAUUUUGAGCUGCAGACCUUGCAUACUGCUGUUUUAUUUUUACUACCAUUGUCGAAACCAUAAUCCUGAGUCCAGAUUGUUUAUUGUAUUUGAAAUAUCCCCCUCCAUGAUAGCUGCCUUGUGCGUUGGCCUCUUCUGGUCUGCAGCAUCUUAGAAGGUUGCAGGUUUUCGCGCAUUGCACUAGAAAUCACCCAAUCAUGUUUCAAAACUAAAACAUAACUUGUAAAUAUCUAGAAAAAAUAAAAUAUUCCAUUUUUAAAAAGUCAAUUCUUUUGAAGUCAUCUGUCUCAAGUCUAAGUCAAGUUUCACGUCUCAAAUAUCAUGUCAAAGUCGAGUCUUUCAUCAGUGUUACUCAAGCAAGUCUCGAGUCCUCCACCUCGGGGGAGUUAAAUGAACCUUCUGAGCAAGAAAGCAAAUAAGCGUGUUUCCCAAAAUGUUGAAGUAUUGCUUUAAGACAUAUUAUGUUAAUCUUUACAGUGUAAAAGGGCAUAAUAUACUGCAUGAGCGCACCCUAACUAAAAACAGAAGAAGGAAAACAUUUGGAUAGCCACCCCUGUGACAAUGAGCGCAGCGUCUGUGACAUCACAUUCCACCGCUACCUUGCCGAACUCCACCUCAACAUUCCAUGGAACAUACAUUCCAAACAUCACAUUCCAGACUGGGUGUGAGAGUGCCCUCCUGCAUCCCAUGUUGCACUAGGUGUGGGUGAACCGCUGACUUCAUGUUGCCUCAGAGCGUGACUGCAAUGCAAUGCAAAUCUCGACCCCCCCCCACCCCCUCUUUUCUCUCUCCCUUCCCACCCUCUCCCCUCUGUUGACUUUCCUGACUUAUCAACUGGUCCCACCACCAGAGAAAGGCGAUGGCAGACAAUAUGCAACAGACUGCCAUGUCAACACCUGUACCCAGAUUAGACAAUAUCUUACAGUCUUACAGUGAUGCUAACACAUGCAAACACAGUGAGAGAACAUGUCUGUCCUGCUAGUUCUGUUUGAGGAUGCGCGCAGGGCUCUCUGGGAACACCCUUACCUGUACAGAACCCUGUCUUCUUGAAUGCUCAUCAUCAUCGCCACCACCCUGACCUGACCUGUCUAAGUGGGCGGGUGGUGACAUUGUAUUGGUCUGUCUGUUUUUGAAGCAUGCAUUUGGUAUCAUUAAUGUCACUCUUUAUGUGUUGGUAAAUCAUUUAGGCUACUGUCACUACUGUGUGCUAUGAUCUCUCCACAUCUGCUCUCUUCCUCUCUCUCUGUUUCUCUCUCUCUCUCUCUCACACGAACACACACACACACACACACACACACACACACACACAUCCUGUUUAAGUCUAACCUGUUCUAUUUCAGCACCUCUUAGCACAGCUCUGUCAAUGCUUUCUGCAGUAUACAAACACACACACACACACACACGCAUACAUACACCCAACAAUAGGCGGAUAGUCUACGGUGGUGUAAAUUUGACUGUCCAGUUCCAGCCAUCUCUGUCCAUCCGUCCAGCCACGUU